GCCCCGGCCCGGCCAUGCAGCCCCUGCCGCGCCGCGGCGGCUCGCUGGAGGCGCCCAGCCCCCGGGACAGCGCCGGCCAGUUAAAUAAGUCAAAUUACAUGAUGAUUGAAGAUAAUAAAGAGAAUGAAGACCAUGCAUCUGAAAGAGGAAGAACAGCCAUAAUUUUUUCAUUGAAAAAUGAAAUUGGAGGACUUGUGAAAGCAUUGAAGCUCUUUCAGGAGAAGCAUGUCAAUCUGGUACACAUUGAGUCACGGAAGUCCAAGAGACGAAAUUCGGAGUUUGAGAUCUUUGUGGGCUGUGACAGUAACAGGGAACAGCUGAAUGAGAUCUUCCAGCUUCUGAAAUCCCAUGUCAACGUUGUCUCUGUGAACCCAACAGAGCAUUUCAAUGUCCAGAGCAAUGACAUGGAGAAUAUUCCCUGGUUUCCAAAGAAGAUCUCAGAUUUGGAUAAAUGUGCAAACCGAGUGCUGAUGUAUGGGUCCGAUUUGGAUGCUGACCAUCCAGGUUUCAAAGACAAUGUCUAUCGCAAGAGAAGAAAGUAUUUUGCAGACCUGGCUAUGAACUACAAACAUGGUGAUCCAAUUCCCAGAAUUGAAUUCACUGAGGAGGAGAUCAAGACCUGGGGGACUGUGUACCGAGAGCUUAACAAGCUUUACCCAACUCAUGCCUGUAGAGAGUACCUUAAAAACAUACCCUUGCUUACCAAGUACUGUGGCUACAGGGAGGACAAUAUCCCCCAGCUGGAAGAUGUGUCUCGCUUCCUGAAAGAGCGCACAGGUUUCACCAUUCGCCCCGUUGCUGGUUAUCUGUCACCCCGAGACUUCUUGGCAGGAUUAGCAUUCAGAGUCUUUCACUGCACUCAGUAUGUUCGACACAGCUCCGACCCUCUCUAUACACCAGAGCCUGAUACAUGUCAUGAGCUCCUAGGCCAUGUCCCUCUUUUGGCUGAACCCAGUUUUGCUCAGUUCUCCCAUGAAAUUGGUCUUGCAUCACUUGGGGCAUCAGAUGAGGCUGUCCAAAAGCUGGCCACAUGCUACUUCUUCACUGUCGAAUUUGGUUUGUGCAAGCAAGAGGGACAGCUUCGAGUGUAUGGGGCUGGCUUGCUCUCUUCCAUUAGUGAACUCAAGCACUCUCUCUCUGGCAGUGCCAGAGUCAAGCCUUUUGAUCCAAAGGUUGUCUGCAAGCAAGAAUGCCUCAUUACAACUUUCCAGGAGGUUUACUAUGUUUCUGAAAGUUUUGAAGAAGCAAAGGAAAAGAUGAGGGAGUUUGCAAAAACCAUCAAGCGCCCCUUUGGUGUGAAGUACAACCCAUACACACAAAGCCUGCAGAUCCUGAAAGACACCAAGAGCAUUGCCAGCGUGGUGAACGAGCUGCGGCAUGAGCUGGACAUUGUGAGCGAUGCCCUCAGCAAGAUGGGCAAGCAGCUGGAGGUUUAACACACCUGUCGGCACUGUGGUGCGGUCGGCAACUCCUUUUCCCUGCUGAUUUCUCUCUACAUGUUUAAUGUGUUGUAUACAGAGCUCUCUCCUUUUCAAAGGGAAGAGUGAAUGGUCCAUAUGAAUAACAACUUCAUCUUGUUUCUCUGUGUAAAGUCCCCUACAGAAUAUAUUUCUUCAUCUCCCUUGGACAAAAAAAGCCUGGAGUUGCCUUUGAGAAGCUGGUGAGGGAAUAGAGAAAUUGCUGGACUGGAGCAAAGUGUGGUCUGGACAUCAAGGCUGUGAUAGGAUGCUGCAGAAGGUGGCUUAUGAGGCAAUAAGUGAAUUAUUUGCCAUAAGAAAAUGUCUGUUUGUGACUGUUAGCCUAUGCUACUAAUUUUACAGCACUGCAGUUUUGGUAGCACAGCAGCUAUAGUAAUCAGUGCCCUUAAGUCUGUGCUACUGAGUUUAAAACUUGAACGAUUACAGCACAGGCCACCAACAGCUGGAGGUUCAUCACGGUAAUACUGAGGGUUCAAAUCUUGCUUUCAAUGGGAUCAUCCCUGCCCCCAAAGAAUUGCACAUCUGCUGUUUGGCAUGCUUCUGCUGUAAGGCAGAGAUACAGAGCUGCUGCACAAACCCCUGUUUCUGUUUAAGAGAUUUGCUGUUGGCUCAGAGUCAAGAUUUUUGUUGCAUCUGAGGGAAGGCCCUUCCUUUAAAGAAAGUCCUACUUGCCUUUUUCCUAAUUCAAUUAAUUUAGCAAAAAAACACAGCAAGCCAUCAGGUACUAACUUAGCACAAAGCCUAAAACUAUUUCCAAAAUACAACUUAACAUUCAAAAUAGUUUAAUUUGUUCUAAAAUAGCUCCAAAGUUUGGAAUAGCAGCUGAAGUUCACAGACAAGUCUUCAUUUUAGAAGGAUGUCUCCUGUUAACUGCUUGGUCACUUUAUUAACCUGCACAGGCUGCACAAAGAUAGAUUCUCCUUCUUCUUUUCUAGCCCUUCAACACCUUCAUUCCCUAACAGUAUCACAGUGUCAUCAGGGUUGGAAGAGACCUCACAGAUCAUCAAGUCCAACCCUUUACCACAGAGCUCAAGGCUAGACCAUGGCACCAAGCAAACCCUGACUGAAAGGGCCAAGCAUUUCAUAGAAACUCUGUGGCUUAUGAAUGGAACAAACUUGCCUUGUAUGUGCCCUUCUGAAGAGCACUUUGCAAGCAGUGGGAAGCAGUGUCCUGCUGAAUUAUCCAUAUCACACAGUAGCAAACUUCACCAUUUCAGGGCUCUGUAGUUUCAUGCUAUAUAAAGUUGUGCUGGCUGCUGUUUCUGCCAGCCCCGCCAGUAAAGUGUGUACAGGAUACAUUAUAUUUCAGUGAAGAUCUGUGAUGUGCAGAGUGUAACUCACAGCACACUAGGCACUGAUUCCUGACAGGUACAUCUGAUCAGGAAAUCCAGAAUUUGCAGCUAUCAGAGUUUUGGGAAUCUUAAGUACAUUAGAGAUGCCAGUCCAGAAUUUUGAGAACUUGAAAGAACUUUCAUGAACCUCUGUGCUUGAAAAUCAGUUUGAGUUUCAUGUUUUGUCACGGGCCACAUAAGCAACUGCUGACCCAAUCUUUCCAAGCAUUAUCACUGUUUAAUUCAAGUCUGGAUAAUUUUUUUUCCUGUGCCUGUUAACCCACUCUGGUUUUUGACAAAAACAUUUGAGACACAGAAAUAUGGUCUACAGCACUCAUGGCUUACAUUACACAUUGAAAUAGAUUUUAGGAGCUUUGUCUUUUUGAAAAACCCUUCUUAUAUUUGAGUAGUAAAGGAGGAUUUAUUUCAUCUGCUUCUGUGGAAGCAGUUAAUAUGCAGCCACAUUUUAAAACCCCUUGGGAUUAUGAUGUUGCUGAUAUAUAGAUCUGUGUUACUUCAAAUAAUUGUCUGAACUGUGUGUACAUUUCAAGUAGGAAACCUUUAUACUUGAUAAAUGGGCAUGUAAUUUGGAAUACUUGGGAAAAACAGCGGUUGCAUCUUUAAUUGCACUUGUGUAGCAAAAAAAACAACCCCACUUAAGUAAACUGCUAAAAGCAAUACAGAGAAAAUGCAUUUCCCUGGCGUCAAUAACACUUAUGUUUGGCUUCACACAUCCAAACCUUCUAGGUAUCUAUAACUGUAAUAAUUUAAGUAUUUUAAACGGUUGUGUUGGCUUUAAAUGUCAAGUAAAUAAAUGACUUGUUGGUAAUUA